AUGAAUGUUAGAAAUGCCAUAGUACCAGCUGCUAUUGAUACCGAUGAUGUGCUACCAGGACCAACAGCGGCCCCAGCUGCUAUUGACAACGAUGAUGUGCUACCAGGACAACCAGCGGCACCAGUGACUAUUGAUACCGAUGAUGUGCUACCAGGACCACCACCAGCUCUACCACGAGGACCCGCUAAUAACACAGCCCCAAAUCCAGCAGCACCCGCCCAAUCCAAUCCUGUUCCAAACCCAGCUACCAACGAUUACAAUAUACAGAAAUUGUUAAUUCGAGUUCUGAUGAUAAUACAUAACGUGGCCAUGACAGACAGCAAUAUUCCAAUGUUACAAGAGAUGAAAUUUACUCCUCUUUUACAUACCUUCUUGUCCUAUACAAACGACACCAUACGAAUGACGGCCAUCUUGGCAAUGGCGGAUAUUAUGAAAGAGGAUGAGAGUCAUUAUGUAGAAGCUAAUUCGGAAGUUUUGGUUUUUCUGAUUAAAAUGUUCAGAAGUGCUUUAUUUAGCACGUCCAGAACGGCUAGAGAUGGACAUGGUAUGAUAUGGGGUGUGUUGGAACUAGCUAAAGGCAUUGGUCGACUAGCUAGAAAUGACGGUAACAAGAAAGUACUAGUAGAAAAGGGUUGCCUCCCGUUGCUUCUAAAAUUAGCCAAGUCAACCGACCUGGAAGAACAAAAAGAGGCAUUAAAAUCAAUCUGGGCACUAGCUUUUGACGAGACAAACCAAGAACGAAUUAUUCAGGAACCAGGAAUGAUACAGUUUCUUGAAACUCAAAACAAAAGUGGCGCUGCCGAUACCAAAUCUACCUGUUAUGGUAUUUUAUGGACGAUGAGAUAUAAACUACUUCAAUCAGAUGAUUAUAAAGAACUGGGCGUCCGCCUAACAGCUAAACAGCCCGCAUCCCCAACACCAAACAACACAAAAGAAAAAGCAGAGCUGGAAAAAUCAGAAAAGGACUUGAAGAGUGCUAAAGGUCACGUGAUGAUAAGUUAUCAGUGGGCCAAUCAGGAGAUAUUGAUGAAGAUAAGGGACAGAAUCAGGGGUCAAGGCGAGAAAGUAUGGAUGGACAUUGAUGACAUGGAAGGUUCAACUCUACAAGCAAUGGCUGAAGCUAUAGAAAAGGCUGAUGUUGUUUUAAUUUGUAUGUCUAGAAAGUAUAAAGAUAGUCCUAACUGUCGGGCAGAGGCUGAAUAUGCUCAUCAGUUAAGAAAGAAAGUAAUACCUUUAAUAAUGGAGAAAGGUUAUCGACCAGACGGCUGGUUAGGGAUGAUUCUUGGUGCCAAAUUAUUUUAUGAUUUUAGUGGUAAAUAUCCGUUUGAAUCCAAGAUAGACGGUUUACUGAGAGAGGUCCACCAGACCAUGAAUGGUGGUGAAAAAGCAACGACGUUAUCAGCUCCGACUAAAACCUACGAUGAAGUCGACGGACCUGAAGAGGCCAUUGUUCCAGAACGACGAGAACCUUUAUAUACUGCUGCUAGAGCACCACCUCCCAAACUCAGUGAAGUCAAAAACUGGAAUCCAAAACAAGUGAAAUACUGGUUAACUAAACAUAAAUUAUCUGGUGCUAGAGUAGAAAAAUUAACUGGUAAAGAAGUCGCCUUUCUUCAGAAGCUGCAAUCAACGGCGCCGGAAUUUUAUUAUCAGACAUUAAAGUCAGAUGUUGGUUUAAAGAAUUUGACAGAAAUGGCGAAUUUUGAAGCCGCCAUGGACGAACUACCGUAAAAGAUAUCUCUGGUUGACUAAAAUUAUCGAACUGAACUGGACACUAGGGUGCUGCUGUGGACAAACUACUGUGAUAUUUACCAUAGCAACUUGCCGUUAAAUCAUUCUACCAGAUAUUACUUUACUUUACAACAAAGUUAAUUCACAUACCAGAAACAAUAAUCACAUCCGCUAUCUGUGACACAAUCUGAUUAAAACACAGUUCCUAUUUCGUUUUGUAUUUUAGGGUUUAAAAUUCAGUUUUAUUUGUCUUCACUUCAUUAGCACCUGGAAGAGGUAUUAAAUAACCCGCACUCUGUGUAAUGUGGGGGAUUAGCCAAUCUGAUCGGUUGGGCCAACAUUCUCAGAAAUGAGAGAGAGAGAGAGAGAGAGAGAGAGAGAGAAACGGGGUUUAACGUCCACUCCACUCAAACUAUAUAAUUUCGGGACUAACAUAUGGUUUUAAUUUUAUUUCAAUAAUUCGCUUGCGCGUAGGGGUCUUUAGCAGUGGGAGGAAACCGGGGGACCCGGAGAAAACCCACGAGGUUGGACAAGCGACCCUACUCCUUGUCACGUGCAACCGGGGAAUCGAAACCACGCCAGUUGACUCAAUUACAGACUUUAUGAUACAGCGCGCACCUGUUAACCAUUUGGCCAUCCAUCCCCCCAUCUCAGCAAUGGAAAACAAAUCAAAGCAAAAGUUAUAUUUCCGAAUGCCCACUUGAGAUGGUUGCUCAAAAACCGCUCGUAUGACCCCUGACACGACCUCCCAGUACAACUGGUCAGAUCGUCAUGUAGUAGAGGCCAUCGAAAGUAUAAAUAACGAAACGAAAUCUAGAUUUGUAUUUUAAUCAGCUUGUUUGUAGCAUAUAUCAAUCAUAGAAAGCGGAAUAUCAUGUGAUGGUAACGUUUUAAACAUGAUAUUAUAAUAAGCCCAUUGGACACAAAUGCUCUUCAGUUUAAAAAAUUUACCCUUUGCAGACCCCCAGAACCCCAUUUUGACUUGCUUCGUCCCCCCCAUCCACCUGAUUUAAUGAUAGAAUAGGCUAGGAUGUAUAUUUGCGUAUCCCACAUUGCCAUAUUUGUAUAUUGCAUGUUUUGAUAAGAACUUUUUGUGGUUUCAGGGUAUCACGUUGAGAUUAUAUAAAUGUUUGCUCAAAUUUCUAUGUUCGUACACAUUAAGGUCGGAUUAAACUCGCGUGGGACCCUGACUGAAAAUACCAACAGGGCCUCUUGCAUUAACAGUGAAAAGGGGGCAUAUUCUGAUCAUGGACCAUCUUACUUCCACAAAUGCCAUUUGUAUGUCAGUAUGAUAGAUUUAUUUGGCACAAAUAUAUACAACAUAAUAAAUAACAUAUUUAUCUAUAUUGUAAAGUGAACAGCGCAGUGGAAGGGGCGCUAUAUAAAUGCAAAGUAAUAAUAAUACUUUAUUUAAACAUUAUGCAAGAGCUAAAUCUUCCUAUUGGCAGUCUUUCUUUAGGCCUGAAAUGUUAUAUAAAUUAUUGAUUAGACAUUAUCAUUAUUAGACAUUAAUAAACUUAUCCAGACCAUAAUCAACUCUGGAUGGCAUCUUAUCUUUCCGAUUUUCAUUGGAUUUGAAUCCGAUCUGCCGUUCAAAGCGCAUUGAUAAUUAAACGCAAAAAUGGAUAAUCAAGAGUUUGUUAAUUAUCGUGACAACGGAAACAGUGACAAUCGAGACUACAGUGAUUUUAAAAUAAGAUUUUCUCGGCUUAAAGUGAAGCAAUUUGACUGGAAUGUUCAGCAUGUUCCCUUUACGUUAUCUGGUUUUUAACUAUUAUAAUGAAAUAUGCCAGCCCCUUAUCAAAUCUUACAUAAUUCUCCUUUAAGAUAUAAAUGUAUCUUUACGGUACAGUUGUUUUUUUAAACCUAAUUGGGGCCCCUUUGAUAUUGGGGUCCCUGGAUGUAGUCCCGGUCAGUCAGAACCCCCUUUAAUCCGACCUUCAAUACACCUAUAUAUAGAUUAGUCUAGACAUAUAUGUCCAUGUAACUGUUCUACAUCUUCAAUUCUGUCUGUUUAUUUCUGUAGAUAAUAGUUAUUCACAUCCGUAUAUGCAUUUUUCAUCUUUCGUGUAAAUUUUAUUUCGUCCAUAAAUUACCCGCCGUCCAUAAAUUACCCGAAUUCAACCUAGAUUGUUUUUAGGGAUAUUUUGAAAAGUGCAUAAA